CCGCUAGUGGUUAUUUGAAUAUUGGUGCGAUUUAUCACAUUUCCAAAACAUGCAUGCCUUUUCAACGUGUUUACGUGUUUACAUUGCUUCCUUGCUAAAAUGAUAAAAAGACCUUCACCAAAUGAAAAUGAAGAGGAUAUAUUAAAAUUUCAAGAAGAAUACUUUACCUCUCAAGAAAAACCUUCGGUUACCAUUCAUUCUAAAGUAAAUUCAUCAUCAAAAAAGUAUCAAACUCAACAAGAUGACACUAAAAAUCGAGAUGUAGUGGAUUUAGGAGAAGUGAAACAAACUACAAAGGUAGAUACACAUAUAAGAGAAGGAAGGAGAUUUAUGUUGAAUGAGAAGGAUUUUGAUGCUGCCCAAUCUUUGCAUGAAAAAGAUAAAGACCAUAUUGUUGAUGUUUUAACACAAAUCCAGGAACAUGAGGUAAAAAAGCCUUACAAUUUCUCGGCCGGUUACUAUAAAACAGGAUUUCCGCUAGCACCAAAGUUAAAUAGAGAUCAAUUGAGUUGUGAAAGAAGAACUUAUGAUGGUUCUUCUAAGAAGAAAUCUCUUUUUGCACAGCAAUUCAAUACUUUCAAAAGACAAGAAAAGUUAGGAAAAAAACAAAGCGAACCUGCAGCAUCGUCAUCAGCCGAUUAUUCUCCUAAUAUUAGCAGUAAAGAAAACCAUUCUUCUAUUGUUAAUGUUGACAUAAAAAAGGACCCAAUGUAUGAAACGAUACAUGAAGAAAAUAUACAGAGGUUAAAAGAAAUGGGUGAACAGAAAAUUUUAGAAGAAAAAGCUAAUUUAGCUUCUUCUCUGGAUCCAAAGCUGUUGUCAUUUCUACGUAAGAGAGCUGAAGAAAAGCAGAAUAAUAUUAAAAUAAACAACACAGACUCUGCAAAAGCAUCAGACACUGAAGAAAAUAAAGAUGUGGGUAAAAGAAAUGCUGAUUCAGAGCCAACACAUCAAAAUGGUGAUGUUAAGUCACUUGAAGUUGACCCCUAUGUUGAAUUCAACAUAAAAAAAGAUUAUGUGCAUAUGUCUGAUGUGGAAAAAGAAAAAUUAGCUUGGAUGACAAAAAUUCCCUCUGUUAAAUUAAAAGAGGACAGUGUAAUACCUAGGUUUGAUUUUGAUGGAAAUCUCCUGAUCAUUGAACCAUCUUCUAUCGAGACAGAAUAUCCCAUAUCCAGUGGUCUUUAUCACCACGGCGAUGAUCCUCAACUUCCAGGUUAUACCUUACAAGAACUGUAUCAUAUGGUUAGAUCCAAUUUUCAAUCACAACGGAUACUAGCUCUUCAAAUGCUGGGAAGAAUAAUAAAAAAUUAUCAUCAACAAACAUACCAUGGCAAACUGACAGAAGAUUUAUUAAACCAAUGUCUUAAUGCUGGUUUGAUAUUUAUUCUGCGAUGGUCACUUGAUGAGCAAGCUGAGCAAAUAUAUAGUGCCGCCGUGGCUGUUUUGGCAAAUGUUGUUUAUGUUAAAAGUGACAUGGAUAUGAUUGAAAAUGUUAUGUAUGCCGAGGAAGGAUACAAGAUUCCUAGCUUAUGUACAUUUUAUAAGAAGAAAAGGGAAGAAAUGACGCAAGAGGAAAAAGAGCAAGACCGUGACUUAACAGAUGCUGAAAUAAUGCAAGCAGAUGUUGUUAAGGGCCUAAUCCAAAUUCAAACCCUUCCACGCCUACGUUACAUCAUGGAAGUUCGCGAACCAUCUGACAAUUGCAUCAAGAAUUGCUUGUUUGUGUUGACCAGGAUUGUCCUGCACAAUAAAGAAACUGCUUAUGAAGUAUUCAAGUGUUCAAGGCUGAUCGAAGUCAUCUUUAAAAUACUUAGCAAUAGCAGCACAAUAUCGAGCAAACAAACUUACAAAGUACAUGCUUUGCGUUUUCUAAAAUUUAUUUGCAUUGCUGGAAAACACAUGGCGGCUACCUUGCUCUCCACUUAUAAACUUGAGGAUGUUUUGUCAUCAACAUUUUCUUUAAGUGAUAACCUCACUAACAAGUCAACAGUUGAAAGUUUUGUACAAACUUGCCAAGUGUGGAGAAUAUUGUUGCUGCAUGGAUUAUCAACAAAUUUAGCAAAGAAUUUGUACCCAAUCAUCAUAAAUCAUUUGCAGCAAAUAUCGAUAAACUUCAAAAGGUUUGAUGAUAAAUCUGUGGCUAGUUUGAUUACUGUCAUUGACGCAAUAUUCUGCAGUGCUAUAGAUGGUUGCUUUGACAUGACGAUUAUUGAUGGUUUGUUUGAAUUGAUUUUGCAUUGCGUUAAAACUGUGCAGAAGGAUUUAUUCGAAUAUAAAAAGGUGACAUAUCCUUUCUUUCUAUCUUCAUUGCUGGUGUGUUGUUCAUCUUAUUAUUCUGCUAAAAAUAACAUGGUAUUACAAGUCAACCCAAUUUUACUGCUGGACGAAGUUGAAAACUUUUGGACUUCCCACAUGCAACCAAUCCUAAAGUCUCCAUUUCUUAACAUACUCUUUGAUGAAUUAAGAGUGUAUUCAGAUUUCAAAACAAUGAAGAAGAGAGAUGUUUUGCAUCACCCUCCUCCAGACUGUCUUCCCACAUUUGGCACUAGCUAUCUACUUGCUUCUGGAGGUUUCACUUUUGAACCAACCAUUAUAUUGAUGCAAGCAAUUCUAAAAUUGAGUUUGCAGCUGAUAAAUAUAAAUAAAAAUCUAAUUUCCCAAGCAGCCAGCAUUCUUACAUCAGCAGGAAGUGUUGCGUUCAUCACUUUCAUUCAAAGCUCUUCACAUGUAAAGCGAAGUGACAUUCUACUAACGACACGUAUGGAGUUGUUGAUCAUUUCGCAUAUGUUAGAGAUAUUUCAACUUGUGGGUGAAAAAUUAGGAUAUGCGAUGUUCGGUAGUGCAGUUGUGGAAUCCUUCCAACAAGUUGCAUUCUGUUUGCUGUCUUGGCUACAACCUGGUGAUGAGCAGCAUGUCGUGACAUUGUAUCAGAAGAUUAUAUUUAACUCUAAGAUUUUCAAGAAGCAGAAUUAUAUACUUUGGGUUGCUGAACAUUGUGACAACAAUGUGGAAGAAAUAAUGAAGCAGCAGCUUUCUGUUUCCAGAAACAAUCUAAAGCACAUUGGUAGCAUGUAUGAGACAGUCCUGCUGAGAGCUGAGAGAUUUCAAAAGAAGGGAUUGACUUCGUAUAUGACAGCAUCAAGGACGGAACAGCUUAUACCAACCGAUUGGAUGUUUCUUCCCAUUGUUCAGCUGUACAAUUCUUCAAUGAAACUUGAAUCUUCUGGUGGAAUAAUUUCAACGGCUAGUGAAGCAUCUAUUGCUACUUCGAAACGUUGUCUACAGUUUAUCUUGCUGUUGGAAGUGACGAAGUCAUCUGUACUUGCGAACAUUGACGAGACUUUGAGAUUGACAAGAUUAUUGUGUUUAUUUUUAACAGAGGGAUGUUUGUUCAACGAGGGAGAGUUAAAAGAUGUAUUGUUAUGCUUGUUGGUGACAUAUUCUUCUCCAUCAUUUCAAUCAUACUUGAACUUCGAAACAACAAUUCCUGGUGUCACCUCUUUCUACGACAUAUACUGUUCUUUGCUCGACCAGUAUCUUUCUUCUUCAUUUGGUGAUUAUACCUUUGCGAACUUCAUCUUAUUUCCGAUACAACUGCGGCAUGAUGUUAAAUUUCGAAGAGCUGUAUGGACGGAAUAUUGCGAAGUUCUAAGACAAUUUCCAAUACCGUUAACGCAGGUUACAUGUGACAUCAAAAGAUUUCUUGCAGCAGAAGAAGAGAAUUUUGAAAUGGUCAGGUUGUACUUUAAGGCGCUUAUUACAAAGAAAGUCAGGCCCACAUGGUGCCCUGUUUUUUAUCUGAUUGCUGUCCAUCAUGUGAACCAGUUCAUAUUUGGUGACGAGAGAAAGAAUAUGGAUGGCAAAACUGACCAAAGUGGAGACAUUGAAAAAGCUAGAACGGAUUUCUUAGACGAAAUACUAACCUUAAAUAACCAGGAAUGUAAAGACGAUGUGAUAACUUAUCAAUGUUUUGACUUCAACUCACCAAGAGGUAUAUCAAAGUUUACCCAUCUUCCGCCAUCAAGAGAAUUAUUGUUACGGGAGCGCGGCGUCUCGAUGUCACAGCGGUAAUUGUUGUUACGAGAGCGCAGUGUGUCGAUGUUACCGCGAUAAUUGUUGUUACGAGCGCGCAGUUCCUUGCUUUCAUAUCCAUAAUUAGAAUCUUUCCUCUUCUUUGGCGAUCUACACUUGUCCGAAGAAUAAUGUUUACAUUCGUGGCAGUUAUAAACAGUGGAAAAUGACGUUUCUCAGAAGACGCAUCUGAACUGGUAUGUCAACAACACACCGUGGGAGCAACUCAUUAGAAGGGAUGUGAACACACGUGAUAUUUUCGCAUUCAAAUUGUUUACGUUCGUAAGGAUAGGGUUAAGCUAUCCUAUAGAUUCAAAAAUGAAACAGUAACUCUAAUGGGAUGUAGUUAUACAAGAGAUUCUAUAAUUCUUAAAACAUUUUGAACUAA